AUGGAACAAAAAAAUAAAACAAUAUUAUACAUUAAAAUUUAUAUGUUUGUAUUUUUAUCGUGGAUAUACUAUUUUAGUAAUGAUGUGAUUAUAUUUAUCAAGUUUUUGGACCAGAACUACAUAUUUGGUAGUAAAUUAAAUAAAAGAGCCUAUCGAUUACUAGCAAAAUAUGAACGAAAUAAAUAUUCAGAUGUUGUACGAUUCAAAAGACAGUCACCAUAUAAUGAAAAGUACGAAAAAAAAGGAGAAACUUGUAGUGAAAAUGUAAAUGAAAGAAAAAGUAAACUAGUUGAAUAUUCAUUAAAUAAUGGAGGAAACAAUGAACAAAUUAGGAAAAGUAAAACUUGUGAUUUUUCUGAAGCUGAUUCUUAUUUUGAUAAAAAGACGUUGAACAAAAAAUAUUACAUAAGAAUAAUUAAAGAUAUUAGAAAUGCUGAUUUUAUGAAUUUAAGGAUGAAAUCAUGUCAUAAACGUAAGUUAAAUUUUAUUUUACUUACCUUCCUUCUAUUAGCUGGAAUAUUAAUUUAUGUAUUUGAACAAAAAUAUAUUUUUUUGCGUUAUUUUAAAGUAUUAACUGAAAAAUGUUGGGAUGUACCCACAGUAAGUAUAAUAUUUGUUUCAUUAUUAACUCUUACAGUUUUACCAGCCUUUUUUUAUAACCUGAGGAAAUCAGUAAAAUAUAAUAAGUUGGUACAUAUAAAAAGUAAAAUAAAUAAAUCUAAUUAUGAUAUUUUGACUAAAUAA